AAAGCUGCAAUACCUUGACGCCAGACACGCGAAUCUUAUUUUGAAUCUUGCACCCGGAAAUCGCGUCGUUUUAUCUGGCUAGCUUGUUGUCAGUGAGCACUCCUCCCCGUCCAGCAUCAGUCUCUCCUCUAGUUAGAAGAAGGUAACGUGAGUGCUGAGGAGGACUCUGUCCAGCGGCACAAAACAGCGAACUCAACUUACGUUACGCGACAUUUUGGACACGACUUUUCUGUCUUUCUUUUCUUUUUGGCUGUCAGGUCGUCAGCAAUGAAGUGUUCAAACAGUCGUCCAUCUAGAGUGGGUAGAAACCCCUUCGUCCACGAGCUGAAAUUCACCAUGAAAGAGAAGAUAAAGAUAGGACUGAUGUCAGUCACAGUGUUUCCCGUGAGGCUGCUGCUGGUGUCCUUCUUCAUGCUGCUGGCGUGGCCCUUCGCCUUCACAGCCUCCCUCGGACGUUCUGAGUUUGCCAUUGAGCCGCAGUCAUGGUGGAGGAGAUUUGUAGACCUGUGUUUACGAGUGAUCAUGCGAGUCAUGUGGUUUUGUGGAGGUUUCCACUGGAUCAAGGUGAAAGGGGAACGGGCGGCGCCCUCUGAGGUUCCCAUCCUCACUGUGGCACCUCACUCCUCCUACUUUGAUGCCAUCCCAGUCACCAUGACCAUGUGCUCCAUAGUCACAAAACUGGAGAGCAGGAGCAUCCCCGUCUGGGGCACUCUGAUCAGCUACAUCCGGCCAGUGUUUGUGUUUCGGUCAGAUCAGGACUCCAGAAGAAAAACCGUAGAGGAAAUCAAUCGGAGAGCACAAUCUGGAGGAGAGUGGCCUCAGAUCAUGAUAUUUCCAGAGGGGACGUGCACCAACAGAUCAAGUCUCAUCUUAUUCAAGGCUGGUGCUUUCAUCCCAGGACUCCCAGUGCAACCAGUGGUUCUUCGCUACCCAAACAAACUGGAUACUGUUACAUGGACAUGGCAAGGUCCCGGAGCGUUCAAGAUCCUGUGGCUCACUCUUUGCCAACCUCAUAAUCCUAUGGAGAUCGAGUAUUUGCCUAUUUACACUCCAUCAAAUGAGGAGAAGGAAAACCCUGCGUUGUUUGCCAAUAACGUCAGAAAACUCAUGGCCAAGGCGCUGGAAGUGCCACUCACAGACCUGUCCUUUGACGACCGUGAGAUCAGCCUCUCACAGGGCCCGCUGCGCAUUUACGACUACUGCAGCCUGCUGGAGUUUAACCAGCUGGUGUGCCGCUUAGGACUGAGAGCAGGAACCAGGGGCAAGAUACUCGAGGAACAGGCCAAGAGAGCCAUGAAGCUGCAGGGAGACAGGCUGGCUUUAGAGGACUUUGCACAGUUCCUCAACUUGCCAGUUACAGACACACUCACAGAGGUGCAUAGCCUCUUUGACCAGCAUGGAGAUGGACGGAUAGACAUCAGACACUUUGUUAUCGCCCUGUCAACUGUUCAUCGACCUUCAAAGUCGAUGGAGACCCUCAAACUGGCCUUCAAGAUGUAUGAGAGCGCGGAGAACGGGGACAUCCUAGAGGAGGACCUUGCCACCAUCUUGGAAAUAAUGCUAGGAGUGAGAGACGUGGAGCUCUCAGGUCUGUUUUUAUCUCUUGACAGACCUGACACAGAGAAGAUCACAUAUGAUGAACUUCAUCAUUUUAUAGAGCAGCAUCCAUACUUCGUCCAGAACUACCUUGAUUUUAAAGACCAUCCACGCAAAUUCUGCAUCGGCCGACCCAAGAGCUGCAAUGGCCAGAACCACAACAAAGGAUGACUGAAUGAUGGACUUGAGAUAUCCAACCACUCUAUUUACUUUCUCUAAUGAAACAGCAUCUCCAAAUGCUGCAGCUUGCCUACAACCUCUGUGCCUUUAUAUGCAGGUAGGGAAAGAAGGAGUAUAACAAAGGUGUUAGGAAGUGUAAAGAUGGAUCAGUGCAGCACAGAUGAUGGAAUCAGAAUCUCUGCUUCAUCAUUUAUUUCAGUUCUUUUCUGAACUUCCUUUGUUUUUAGUCUCCAUUAUGACAUAAACAAACAUUUUUUUUAAUGCGCUGUGAAUUUAUUAUUUAUUUUAAAAUGAUUUUCUUAUGUAUGAAGUACAGGUAUUUAAGACAUUAGUUGAUAAAAGGAGGGGUACUUUUUAGCUCUGUUGUUGACUGUGUGUUGAGGGUUAGCACUGUUGUUGAUCUCAGGCAAAUGGACACUAUCAUUAAGCACACAUUUCCAUUUUCUGCUGCUCAUCAUUUACACACAGAAACGUGGAAACUUAAUUUCAGGUUAUAAAGGAUCAGGACAUAAAGUACAUAAUGCUGCAAUUCAGUGCAGGCUUUAUGUAACAUUAAAUACUGUAGUCAAAAAGCAGCAUAAAUUAGUCACUGUUUGCAGAGAAAUGAUUCUUUACUUCUAGCAGCUGUCUUACUGCCACAGAAAUACAGCCCAAGAAACCUUGUGAAAACUGUCAAAAAGUUUUGACUGAUGAGGAUUGUGGCCUAUAUUUAUCAAGUGUCUCAGAAUUCCCCCUAGGAAUCGCCCUGGAAGUUAGCCUCGAGAUAAAGCCACUCUUAUCUCAGACUGGGUGCUGAGAGUUAUUUAUGAAACUUUCCACAUAAUAGGAAGAGAGUGUGACAUUGUUGAGUUACCACAUUCUCAGCUGCGACUAAGCAUUAGAUAAUAAUAGCAAUUUUUAUGUGAUUGGGCAAAUAAUAUAGGUGACUAAGCUAUGUAGUUGUGUGUAUUACAUUAUGUAUUAUAUUUAUUAGUUUAGUUAUAUAUGCAAAAUAUGCAAAAUAAAUAAAAGGCUUAAAUCUCAUCAUAUUUACCAAUAAUCUAUUUACAUUAACUUUGAUUAUUGUUUGGGACAGACCCAAAUUAUAACUGUUCCAAAGCUGCAUUUACCUGUUGCAGUGAGGAUUUAAGAGCAGGAGUCAGGUUGCCAUCAAAUGGUAGCUUUUAACAGUUUAGCACAGCUCUGGAGCUCUGGAGCUCUCCUGAUGAUUGGCUGAAAUAGGAGUCAUUUCCCAAGUGCUAGUGCUAAAAUGCUUUUACUCUGAGUCCUAAUAGUAGAACCAAAGAUGCAUCAGAAUUUUUGGCCAAUUAAGACUUAUCUCUUAUACCCUGAAGGGCUUGAUAAAUACAGGCAUAGGACUGACACUUCAGGGCAGUCUCUGCCUCCUAGAGGUGACUGUAUAUUUUGAUUGGUGUUUUUAUCCAACUGGGUUUUUUUUACUGGUAGUUUGAGAAGUGAUGUAAUAGUGUUUUUUGCUAAAAUGUAAUAUCAGUACUGUUUGCAAUUUUUUUUCCUCCUCCUAGUAAAACCAUUUUAAAGUGGUCUAGAAAAGGACAACUGCUGAGCAUUCCUGGAUCAGCAGCUCUCAGCUUUAAAAUCUGACAAACAAAUAACACCCAUUUUCACCUUUCCUAUGCCUCUGUGCAUUCCUCCGCCGGUUGAAAUAUUGAUCUCAGAUGGUUUAUGCUGGAGUGACACAUUUUCUACCUUUUCAUUGCAAUGUUUCUGUAGUGUUUAUUUCUCAAUAAGAGUCUUAAAUGCUGAAAUGAAAGCUCUAUGCUUUUAUUUUCCAAAUAAAGUGCUUUCAGAAUUG